AUGUAUUCAAACAUCUCAUCAAAUGGAAUCUCAAUUGAUCAACUCAUAAAAAACCUCUUCAAAUGUAUUCUGAAAACAUCCUUAAAAGCAUCAUGCAUGAAAACAUCUGAAGAUGGAAGAAAACAUGCAACUGAAAGAGUUGAUGGAACUAAAGGCAUUGUUGUGUACAUGAGCUUCAUGAGACGUUCUCGUUUCGCUUUACAAACAUUUUCACAUCAAUUUUUAAAAAGAUUCCUUCAAGGGACUUUAUUGGACAAUGAACUUUACAUUAAGCGUCAUGUUGAUAUGCCUAAAUGA